AUGAAAAGAUGUUCUCCUGCCCUCAGCACUGCCAAUGGAGUGGCUGUCGGUGAAGCAACCCUUCCAAUUUGGAGAGAACACUUCAAGACGUUGCUGAACCGGCUAGCACCAUCAGCUUCUGAACUCGAACACGUUCAUAGACCGAUGUAUGCGGUUAACGAGGAGCCACCGACCGUGCCGGAGGUUCUAGUCUGUAUUCAAAAAAUGAAGAAUGGAAAGUCUGGUUGA